UCCAUUCGAAGGCGACGGCGGUCGGCUUCGUUUCAGAACUAGGGACGAAAAACGGAGAAACGGCGGCACAGAUCCGGCAAUCCAGCGUCGUGUUCGGGCUCUCGGGGACUGUUCAAUCUGAAGGGACGGCUGGGAUGACGCGGCGCGCCGAGAAUCUGGAAACAGCUCGGUGUUAGUUUGGAAGAAAAGAGUAAAGUCGGGUUUUUGAGGGAGCCAUUUUGUCCCUGUGACUGUGUGGGAGAAAGAAAGAGCGAGUUGGGGGGCAAAGAGGGGCAAAAAUAGGUCCAAAAGACACCCUCCCGAGAACAAACACUGCAAGGACGGUAACCUUAACUUAACGGACUUAACGGGUAGCCAGACUGCUGGGGGAAAAGUCGCCCGGUUCUCGUCGUUAACGUAUUAGCCAGAUAACGGUCCGGUACGGAAAACUAGCCUAGCUUAGCUUAGCUUAGCUCUGUGAGUUAGCCUGGAAAACACAGAGAUUUGCACCCGGUUAGCCGCCCCGCUCUCGCCUCUCUCCUCGUACUUUACUGUUAACAGAUUUUUUUAAAAGCAAACGAUGGCGAAGAAGACGUACGACCUGCUCUUUAAGCUUCUCCUGAUCGGAGACUCCGGUGUGGGGAAGACCUGCGUGCUGUUCCGCUUCUCAGACGACGCCUUCAACACCACCUUCAUCUCCACCAUAGGAAUCGAUUUUAAGAUCAAAACAGUUGAAUUGCAAGGAAAGAAGAUAAAACUACAGAUAUGGGACACAGCGGGGCAGGAGCGGUUCCACACCAUCACCACCUCCUACUACAGAGGAGCCAUGGGCAUCAUGCUUGUGUACGACAUCAGCAACGCCAAGAGUUUCGAGAACAUCAGCAAGUGGCUCCGGAAUAUCGACGAGCAUGCCAACGAGGACGUGGAGAGAAUGCUGCUAGGCAACAAGUGUGAUAUGGAGGACAAACGGGUCGUACCAAAGACUAAAGGAGAACAGAUUGCCAGAGAACACGGAAUCCGCUUCUUUGAGACGAGCGCGAAAGCCAACAUCAACAUCGAGAAGGCGUUCCUCACGUUAGCAGAAGACAUCCUCAAAAAGACACCUGUAAAAGAGCCCAACAGUGAAAACGUCGACAUUAGCACCGGAGGCGGAGUCACGGGAUGGAAAACCAAGUGUUGCAGUUGAACAGUGUCUGUCUGUGUGUCUCUCUCUCUCUCUCUCUCUCUCUCUCUCUCACACUCACUCACAAAUGCACACACAUGCCCACUUAUACAAAACCUCUCUCUCUCUUUCUCUCUCUGUCUCUCUCACCCGCUCAUCUCUUCCCACUUUGUGUCUAACUCUUCCUUCCGUCACUGCAGUCUCACCGUCCCUCUCUCCCUUUCUAACUCUCUUCUCUUGUUCUUCCACUCACAUCUGCUUGCUGACGAUAUAAUUUUUAUUUCUGACAAAAAAAAGAAAUGUAUAGAUAAAAAGAGAAAUCAUGUCAUGUUUCUUGUCAUUUAUUUUAAAGGUUUGAAAUAAGAAAGGAAAGAAAACACUUCACCACUACAUUUUUAAAAUAAAGGAAACGAUGAAAUCUAAACGAAUGGGGGUCGAAAGCGCCCGCUGGACCUUUUUAAGACUCUGUUCCGUCGGUGUGAAGGUGAAACUAGCUGACUAACCCAAACAGGCAUGAACAUUUGAGCCCGUUGUUGUUUAUUAUUAUUAUUAUUAUUAUUAAUUUUUUUUUUGUACAGUCUCUGGGUUGGUGGUUGGGAUAUUUUGUGUGUAGCUCUAUGGUUAGUGAGCUUUGUCUAUCUGGGGUUCUUUUUUUUUUUUAGUUUUUUUUUCUUUCUUUCUUUCGUCCGGUGCCUUAACGUGGAGCCGAAAGGCCUAAACUCCCGUUCACCCCGAGCCCCGACACCUCGCAACACGCACACACUCCCAAAAAUCACCUCAUUAACUAUUACACCUGCCCCCCCCACCACCACGAACUCACAGAGGAGCUCCCGACUCUCCAGUACAGACGCGUUUGAACCGAAGAGAAUGGCAUUUAUAUGUAGUAUUUUUUCUUUUACCAUGAUUUAUUUCACAUUCACGACGUUUUUUUGUUUUGUUGUUUUGCCGCACCCCUUCCCGUUCUCUCUAUCUCUCUUUCCCCGGUCCUGCAUGCCAUUUUUCUUUGGUUUUGGACUUAUUUUGUAAGUUAGUGCGCAGCGAAAGCGGCUGCUCACUGCUCAUGCUCAGUUCUGGGGGGGAGGGGUUGUAGUUCUCUUUGGAAAUUCAAACAGUUUUGCAGAUCCAUUAAAAUAAGCUUGUAUAAGUUAAA